UUCAUUCCAAUCUGUAAAAAAACCUCCUUCACAAAAAAUAACUGUCAUUAACUAACCUUCCACCGUCACUUCUUCCUCAACCCUUCAACUCCUGGACACUCUCUGCUGCUCUCUAACAUGUCCUCCCCUCCUCCCUCCACUCCCCAAACCCAAAACCCUAAUUCCAAUUCCUCCCAAUGGCGCAGCACAUCAACCUCAAAUCCCACUCCAUGCAUUCCCAGUUCAUGCCAAAGUUCACCCCCAAAUUGCCCUCAGCUCUUCACUCCAUUCACAGCGGCACCAUCUCCUUCAAGGUUCUCUCCUCUCAAGCUGGAGAUUCAGGCCCCCAGAAGCCCCCUGCCGUCAUCUCGAUCCUCCGCAUGAUACCCGACUGGGCUGAUCGUGUGCAGGAGCAAGGGAUGCAGCGCAAACGGACCCUCUACAACCACGAGAACUGGCUCGAGCACCGGAGCUCGAAGCGCCACAUCCGGCACUUGCUCUCGAGCUUGUCCUCGCGGGUGAUCCUCUCGCUGAUACCUCCGGUGACGGCUUUCACCCUGGUGGCCGUUAUGAUCGCGAGUUAUAAUACUGCCGUGGUGCUGGAGUGGUUGCCGGAGUUUUUCCCGGUGCUGAGGUCGUCGUCGUUGCCGUACCAGCUGACAGCGCCGGCGCUGGCGCUCCUGCUGGUGUUUAGGACGGAGGCUUCGUAUUCGAGGUUCCAGGAAGGGAGGCAGGCUUGGGUGAAGGUGAUUGCAGGGGCCGAAGAUUUUGCGAGGCAGGUGAUCAGUACGGUGGAGAGCAGCGACGAUUCAGCACUGAGGAAGGCGCUUCUGGAGUAUAUCAUGGCAUUUCCAGUCGCACUUAAGUGUCAUGUGAUUUAUGGCUCGGAUAUCGGUCGAGACCUUAGAAACCGAAUUGAAGGGGGUGAUCUGGCUGUGAUUCUCAAGUCAAAGCACCGGCCUCGCUGCAUUAUCGAAUUCAUUUCCCAAAGCCUCAGACUGUUGAAUUUGGAGGAGUCGAAGAGACAUGUCCUGGAGUCGAAAAUAUCUUGCUUCCAUGAAGGAAUCAGCAUCUGCGAGCAGCUGCUUGGCAUUCCGAUUCCUCUCUCCUACACCCGUUUGACCUCGAGGUUUCUGGUCCUUUGGCAUCUGACUCUUCCUGUUAUUCUCUGGGAUGACUGCCACUGGAUCGUGGUUCCAGCCACUUUCAUCAGCGCCACUUCCUUGUUCUGCAUCGAAGAAGUUGGUGUUCUUAUUGAAGAGGCAUUUCCAAUGUUGCCGCUCGAUGAGCUCUGCAAUCUAGUCCGCCAAAACAUUGAGGAAGCGAUCUGUACCGAGAGAGCUAUUGGCAAGCAUCUUCUUGCAAAGAAGAAGAGCCCCAUACAUGAGCAGUCACCUAAUGGUAGGCCAAAGCACCUACCUGAAAGGAGAAACAGGUCAUGACAUUUUGAUGAACGAAUAGUUCGUCAAAGUUGCCAUUACUUUGCCACUGGCAUAUUAAACGAUCGGCAUAAUUCCGAUAUCCAGAUAUACACUGAUACUAUUGCCAUGAAGGAAGACAUAGAGCUGUUAUGAUGGAAUCUCGUGUACUUUAGCUGUGGACCGUCUUGGCACUACGUCGUGUGUAUAUAUAUAUAUGUUCACUCGCCGAUGGGGGAGCAUAUUCUGCAUGACCGAUUGCAUUAGCCCACCAUUGAUUCACCAUGUGAAUGGCUUCCAAGUCACCGGCAUCAAGUCAAGGAUCAUUAAUUAACGAGUUUCUGCUACAAAAGGAAUUCGGCAUGGAACGCAGCAAAGGAUGAUCUUUCUGUUCCCUUAGGAUUUAGCAGUACCUGAAGAACAACGGCGUCAUGGCCGGAGAUAUUUAGACUUGGAAAUCAGAAGCGAAAUUCUAACUCUAGCCUGUGAAAACUUGUUCCUGCUGAGCUUCUCUUAAGGGGAAAUUGGCUUUUGUAUAAUCAUUUGGCGAUCAAAUGUGAUCAAUAUUGUUACUGGUGGCUUUUGAGCUA